GAUAAAAUGGCGCAGGGGGCGGAGUGAGGCGCAGUCGCUCGCACAGGUUUCGGCCCCGCUUCCGGAGGAAGGUGGGAGUCAAUCAUCUUGACAAGUCUCCUGAAAGGAACAGCUAGCAGGAGCUGAAACCUUUUUCCAUUUGGUCUCGUGGCAAAGAAAUCGCGCCAGCAGCUCCACACAAUAUGACGUGCUCCCUAGUGCCCUCUGAUCAGUCUUCUGGGAUUUCUCUCUUGCCUAAAGACAAUGCCCCAUUUUCAUGGCAUUCCUCGGACGAGGAUGGAUUGGACGACUCCUUGCUGGAUCUGUCUGAAGGAGAAGAAGAUGAUGGCCAUUUCAGUUUCACAGAGGAAGAUAUUCAGGAGCUCUUAAAGGAUGAUGACCUAUCAAAUGAGCACUUUUCUUGGGGAGGAGGGUUGCUUAAAGGUGACAGCAGCCAUGUUGAGAAGGGAGGGAAAGGGAAUCAAAUUCUGUUUGACACUUCCCAAGAGAAAAAUUCAUCGUACACCGUGGGACCAGUAGCUGAGACCCCUGGCCUCUUAAAACUACCUCAACUAAGUACAUCAGUUGGUAACGGACCAACUCCUCCUAAACCAUUAAACAGACACUCUGCGCUAGAAAAGAAUCUUAUAAAAAUAACAGUUGUUCCACCAUUUGAUCCAACAGUUUGUGAUGCUGUGCUUGAUAAGGACAAGACUGAGUCAUCCAAAGAUCUUGAAAAGCCCUCCUCCCUUGGGGAAGAGAGGAGAGAAGAUGGUCUUAGCCCAAAAGAGAGCAAACCCUGCACUGAGUCUGAAGGGAUCAGUCCCAGUCAUUCUGCUUGGGAUAUGCAGAAUGUGUCUUCUCCAGACAAUAACUUUCAGCAAACUGUGUCUGGUAAAAAUAUGUGUGACAGUAAGCAAGCUACACCUGUAUUCUCUCAGAUCCUGGACAAUUCAGAGACUCCUCAGACGGGGUCAUCCUGGAAAAAUGGAUCACAUCAAUCAAACUGUGAAAUGACGUUCCCAGUUGUUUCCAGUUCAUCAAACAAACAGGAUGUUCUUGACAAGGACCCUGGGAAGCUGAAAGUCAAUGAGAGAAGACUAGGCAAAGUCAUGCCUGUUCUGCAAGCCAAAAGAAGGACUAAUGUUCCGACGUUUUCACAAUCAGAUCUAGAAAAGCAGAAGCAAAGUUAUCUCAAGGAAGUCAUUGCUCAUAUAACACACCCGAAGGACACUAACCAAGGUGCCUUGGGAGAACUGUACGCCUUGAUGGAUCAAGUUCAUCAGGUGCCAAACCCAAAAUGGCAGCAUCCUUCGGACCUCACCAUGCGAAACUACGCUCGGUUCCGACAGAAACCUCUACAAAGAUACAGCCUGACUCAGUGGGUUGACAGGAACAGGCGAAGCCACCAUCGCUUCCAGCGCCUCCCAGACUUGCCGCCAGGUCCGUUUGUCGCAUCCCAUCCGCAGUGAAGGUCGCUCUCCAGGCUCCUGUUCCGGGUCCCGUUCAGAGCAGCAGCUCCUCUUCUGCUCUUUCGUGCUUUGUAGAUUUUGAAUUUUAAUUUUUCACAAGAUUUUUAUUUAAAAGAACUUGUCACCUUUUGGAAAUUCCUGUGGCUGACUUGAAACUGUUUUGUAUGAGCGCCUUCUUGUUUGUGUGCAUGCGUUUAAGCACUGUUAAGUUGUUAUUUUUUUUAAUUUAAACUGAAGGUGACCACUUCUUGAGAGCCAGCGUUAAGCCGGAACCCCGAGGCGCAGGCAGAGCACCUGCACAGAGGUGAAGUCUACUUCUGGUGCCCAAAAGACAUCCUCUUCUGAUGUCCUGUAACAAAGAGAUUACUAGGCUGUGAGGCAGUGUUAAUUACUGCUGAUGACAUAAAGGAACAUAAGUCACUUUUAACAACCCCUCUUACUUUUUUAUUUGCAUCUCUGAAUACCUCUCAGUAUUUUCAAGGUGGUAACCCCCCUGGAGUAGGACGGUGCAGGACGACUCCUGCUGAAGGGACACAUUGAGAGUGUAAAUCUUCGCUCUUUUUUUGUACUUACUAGCUGCCUUUAUUUAUUUAUUUUCGUUGCCCCCUACCCCCAUUCUUCAUUAAAUUUGUUUUGCACAAUAGGUUUACAAAUCUUACACGUCUUAACUCUGACAGAAGACUGCUGACUAGCCCUUGUUGAUUUGUGGUCUUGUGACUGUCUUCUCUGCCUUUGCUCAAGGAUUGUCCUUUUUCCCCAGUGACCACUAGGUUCUGUUGGUGUGUGUUUCUGUAUCCUGUUAGACAUAGAUAUGCCUCUUAAGAGCAGCCUCCCUGCUCCCUUCAUUAAAGAGCUUCCCACCCAGAGUCCUCACUCUAGGACGGGCCAGAAAGCCAGUCCUACUGAGGUGUGAGUUGGUCUACAGUUUCACCUGCUCCACUCCCACCUUCAGGGAUGAGUUGAUGUGUCAGUCAGUGAGUCAGUCAUCCUGUGGGAGAGACUUUGGAGAGGCACUCUGUUGUCUCCAUUAUUAGUUAACAAGAGGUGCCUUUAGCUUCUGGAUGUUACCAUCUCAUUUGGUCAAACCUCUCAUACACAGUUUGACAAAACUGCUAAUGUGGGUCUAAUCUGUUGUGGUUAAGCCUGUGCCCAAAAGCCUUCCCUGACCUUAAGGUUUGGUGUUCUAACUCGGCAGACUGUGUAGCCUAAGGGAUGUCGAGGAGUUGGUCAUUCUUUCUGUACAGCCAGCCCUCGGCAUCCCGGGAGACUUGGCAGUUCGGCGUCCGUGCUCCUGCUCACGCUCUGGGAAGGCUGGGCGUAGUUGCCGUGGCGCGGCCUGCGGCCUCCGUCUGCCUUUGUGGUUCCAUCAGCCCAUCUCCGUGUGCGAGAAACCCAUCUGAAACCCCUACCCUGCUUUAGAAACUGACUUGGGAAGAGUUUAGUCACUCAAGCCACCAGUAAACUUAGAUGGAUGCCGCUAAGUGUUUACCGUUUUUAUCCAGGUGAGGAGUCUCUUCCUUGGACAUUUGGUUUAGAUUCUGGAACCAAAUGGAAAGAAGUUCUGUUCAGAGGCAAGAGUCAAAAUCUGUUGCUGUCGGCAUAAUGGACGUCCGCUCUAUCAGUCACUUCCCCAGAUUUCCCGAACUUAGCAUGAUAGAGUGAGACGGGCAGACAUCCACCUUCGGAACCGCAGCAGAAUAAAAAUUAGCUGGAGCCGGAGUACCAGGCACUGUGGCUGUUUCGUUCCCCACAGUCAGCCCAGGCGGCGAAGGGGCGGCAUUUCGCUUGGGCUCGGGUUCCUGCACUCCCGGUACAAGAGGGUUUAAGUCUGAACGUGUAAUGGCAGCCUUGCCUUUGCCAAAUCAAAUGAGUGACGGGUUAACUAGAAAAUGUGACAAUCACAUUUCCUCUUUGCUCAAGUAAUUCUGUUUUUCCAAAGCUUUAGCAGCUUAAUUAAAUCUGUUGGACUGGGGGAGGAGAGAACUGUUCUUUAGCGGUUAACAUGGUAUUCUUUAAGAAGAAGAAACAAAGCCAAAGAAAUCUCAUUAUCAGGCAUGUUGGCCUUACAGACGGUGGUGGGUAAAAUCUGGAGUUUUGAUCUGAAUUUGAAGCUGCAUAUCCUGUGGGUGCUGCCCUCAGUCUCGUAUUUCAUGACGCACUCUUGCUGUACGGUUUGAUCGGAGUGACGGUAUGUGCAUUCAGCUGCCCUACCGAGCUGCUUCGUUCGUGAUGACAUUCUCACCACACGGUCUUGACAAAGAGUAAAAAUGUGCUGUUUACAGAGUUUACUUUUAAGAGCCUGAACUAACCUGUAGUUUAGCCUCUAACGCAGGCCUGAUUUACUUGAGUUGUCAGGAUCAAUUAUGAAACUGAAGUUUGGUGCCUCUUUAUGAUGUUUUUUCCCUUGGAGCAGUUGUGUUUAAUGUCAUUAAAAAGAAAUAAAAGUACUUGUCAUGGCA